AUGGAGACGAGCGCGGGCCGCGGCGGCGGCGGCGGCGGCGGCGGCCAGGCUGUCAGCGAGCGCGGCGGCGGCGGCGCGUCCGCGGGGGGCUGCAGGAGGAAGGCGGAGGCGGAGGCGGAGGCCGGGGCCGGGGCCGGGGCCGGGACCCUCGCGGCAGACAUGGACUCGCACUGUGACUGCGCCGCCGAGACGCCGCCGGCCGCCGAGCAGCCGUCGGGGAGGAUUAACAAAGCCGCCUUCAAACUGUUCAAGAAGAGGAGAUCGGGUGGCACCAUGCCCAGCAUUUUUGGGGUCCGAAACAAAGGGGACGGGAAAGGCUCGGGUCCGGCGGGGAUGGUGCGCAGCCGGACGCACGACGGCCUGGCCGAGGUGCUGGUGCUGGAGAGCGGCAGGAAGGAGGAGCCGCGAGGCGGCGGCGGAGGCGGCGGCGGAGGCGGGGGGCGGCCGCACCCGGGGCCCCCCAGGCCGGCGGGGCCCGGCGCGGGCUCCCUGGGCGGCAGCUCGGUGGCCAAGUCCCACAGCUUCUUCUCCCUGCUGCGCAAGAACGGGCGGCCGGAGAGCGGCAGGGGCGAGCCGGCCGACGCGGGCAAGGCCGGCGGCAAACAAAAGCGAGGGCUCAAGGGGCUGUUCAGCAGCAUGCGCUGGCACAGGAAGGACAAGCGCGCCAAGGCGGAGGCCAAGGGCGAGCGCGCGGGGGCCCCGGGCGGCCUCAUCCUGCCCGGCUCGCUCACCGCCAGCCUGGAGUGCGUCCAGGAGGAGGCGCCCGCGCCCGCGCCCGCGCCCGCGCCCGCGCCCGCCCGCGCCAGCCCGCCGGAGCAGCCCAGCGGGGACGCGCCGCCGCGGCCAGCAGGUGAGCUCGCGGGGGGGCAGCCGGCGCCGGCCGGGGAAGCCCAGGAGCCCCGGGCCGCCCGGGAGCUGCGCCCUGGGGAGGGCCGGCCGGCCGACGACGCCCGCAGCCCCCGCAGCCCCGGGGACCGCCCCGGCGACUCGGAAGGCGGCGGCGGCGGCCGCGCCCCUGACCCCGGCUCCGUCGACCCGCCCUCAGACCCGUCGGCAGAGCCUAUUUGUCUCAUGUUUUCUGACGUGACUUCACUGAAAAGCUUUGACUCUCUUACAGGCUGCGGAGAUAUUAUCGCAGACCCCGAGGACGAGGCAGGCCCCGGCCGCGCCCAGCAUGGCCCCGGGCCCGGGCAGCCGGGCCCCCCUAGAAGGAGCGCCGGCGUGGUGGCCUACCAAGGAGGAGGGGAGGAGAUGGCGAGCCCGGACGAGCUGGACCACACCUACCUCCAGGAGUUCUGGGACAUGCUGGCCCAGGCCGAGGACCAGGGCCCGGCGGCCCAGGCGGCCCAGGCGGCCCAGGCGGCCCAGGCGGGGGCGGGGGCGGGGGCGGGGGCGGGCGGGGACGCCCGGGGCGCGGAAGGGGCCAGGGACGCGCCCCCGGGCAGGCACCCGAGGCUCGACCGCGGCGCCCCCGAGCCCCCGCCCCCGCCCCCGCCCCCGGACCAGCCCACGCAGCCGCGCCGCGAGCCCCCGGCGGCCGUCCCCAACGGCGACCAGGGCUGCUGGGCUUCCCCGCCCGGGCCCGGGCCCGAGGAGGACGGCCCGCGGGCCAGCGCCCCCCGGCAGAGCCCCAGCGGGGACGCGCCCCGCGACCCCCACGCCGACCCCGCCGCCCGCCCCGCCAGCGACGAGACGCCCGGCCCGGCCCGCUUGAAGCCUGUGUCUCCGGUCACCAUCACCUGCCCGCUGCGAACACCUGGCACUUUGCCCAAGGACUCCAAAAUCCCCAUCAGCAUCAAGCACCUGGCGGGCCUUCCGUCCAGCCAUCCCGUGGUGCACCAGCAGCCAGUCCGGAGUGAGAUGCCCAGAACCAAAAUCCCAGUCUCCAAGGUGCUGGUCCGCAGGGUCAGCAGCCGGGGUUUGGCUGGGACCACCCUGCGGGCCGCGGCGUGCCACGACAGUGCCAAAAAGUUGUGAGGUCUCCGAAGCCCAGGUGGAUGGACCACUGGUCAAGGAAUACAACUCCCCCCCCGCCCCCCCCGCCCUGGAAACCACGAACAGAGGCCUUGCUUCCCCUAAAGAAAGGCUUGUAGGGCCAUCCCUGCUCCAGAGCCCACACCGAGGAGGUCUCGGCGACGCCAGCAGGGCCCGGAUACACCAGAGACGGGGUGCUACACAUGGGAUUCUCCGCUCAAAUAAGCUACCCGAGAAUGAUUUCCAAGCACUUUUAAUUUUUUGCCUUUUAAAAACAUCUUUUUUUUUUCCUUUUUUCCUUUGAUGCACUGAACACCUGGAAGUCACCUUUACUUGCCUUUGCAGAAAACAGGACUUAACCAAACCCAAGUGAGCAUCAUGCCAUGAUGUUUGGCUGUGCCAGCGUCCAGACAGGGCCUGGAGGAACCACUGCCAGCACCAGAGGAGCCCCCCUUCUUCCAUGACACUUUCCUUCCUUCCUUCUUUUCCUUUUUCUUUCCAGGAAAAAGAGAAAGAGAGAAAGAGAGAGAAAAGAAAAAAGACUUUUUGCUGUAUCACUGUGUGGGAAACACCUACAGAGCUGAAAGAGCCAGGUAUUUUACCUGAUGAGCAGAAGGGGUUGUUCAUUGGCAGAAAACUUGCCUACUUUCAGUUGAUGGGUAUGCAAAUAGGUCAAUAUCUACCACUAGGACAAUAAAGGAGCAUUUUGGUUUGGUUGGUGUAGACCAUUUGUUAGGGGAGAAAUAAAAAGCUCAGCAGAGCAGGUUUCUUCUUUUUCUUUUUCUUUCCCACCCAGUGAAGAAAUAAGGAUCAGGGAAAGAUUCCACUAAAAUGCCAAUAGACACAGUAUUCUAGCAUUUAUAAACUGUAACCUUUUCAUGUGUAGAUAAUGCAUAUUUUACAGUUUAUCCAGCUGUUAACAUUUUAUAAUCUGUCAGUAACCUCGGAUUUAAAAUCUGGUUUUAUAACUAGUUAUGAUAACUGUCCACGAACCACUGAUGUUCUUUUAUGUACUGUAACCUAAAGAAAUUCUGUUUUUGUUUUAUAUGGGUUCUCUGGCUCUCAAUGCAGGAGAAAAAAAAAAAAAAAAGAAAAGGGUCUAUUGUGUUGAUGUCCCAGAGAAAUGGUUCUGUCUUGUCUUGGGUAAGAGACUAUUUACUUCUCACCCCAAUCCUGGUUUUCAGAGAAUUUUUUUUUUUUUUACCUUGGUUAUAAAAAUUUUGGAUUCAACCAUUCUACAACAUGGGGAUUUCCAAAUGAGGAACAUAUGGGAAAAAAAAGAAAAGAAAAAUAGAGUUUCCCAUGUUAUUUGACUUUUGAUUUAUAGACUUAUGAUUGAGACAGGUAUGUUCAGAAUAUGACACUGGCAAGCAUACAUAUCGUCAACACUCUAUGCCAAGAUUUUCUUUUUUGAAAAGUGGUUUCCAUAUUGUAUAGGUUUUCUAUUCUUUUAGACGAAACAUUUAUUUCAGAACGGGUUACCAUAUGCCUGAAUAGUUUGAGCGAUUAACUGAAGCAGUUCCUAGAAUGCUAUUAGCAUCUAAUGAUUAUAUAAUAUCCUCUUUGAAAUGCACUUCAGUGUGCUUAAUCAAAAGACCAGAGCUUCUACUAGGAGUUGAUUCAUGGUAUCAGGAAGAUUAGACAUUUUCAAGCAACACUGCAUGUAUAUGAAUGGCACAAACACUUCUAUAUAACUCCCAUUUUCCAGAGAGAUUGCCUAAGUGAUGAACUGAUAUUUUACAUUUUCUAAGCUUGUUUUCUGUUUCAUAAGGGAAAGAAAGAGGCAAGUUAUGUAUAUGGAAAUCUAUUUUAAGAAUACAAAAGAAACAAAAUAAACGGACCUCAAAGACAAACAAAUUUGAACCAGUAGCAUAAAUUGUUCUCCAUUUUAAAUUUGCAAUGAUUCAAUUAGAAGAGGUGGUAGAGAUUUGUUGGAUCUUCUUAUUAGUCAGAUUAUCGGCUUUUAUUGCAUUGUAUCAGAUCCCUGAUGUUAUUUCAAAGUACUGUUUUAAUAUUUAAUUUCCUUAUAUAGAUGAGGUCCUAUAAUCAGACAUAGCCUUAAGCAAGCACUCUGAACCCACCACGAGGAAUUCAUAAAGCCACUCACACACGUGCUUAUGCACUCAACUGUGCACAAACUAACAGACAAAGGCAUCUACUGUAUACUUGGAAAUAUUUUACAAAUUAUUUCUGUCUUGAGAAAGGGAUUUAAAUUUGAUUUCACGCUGAUAGUACUAUUUAGACUCCGAAUGCAUUCAUUUUCCCCUAGUGAAUGUAAAGAACGUAAAUUUUAUUCCUAGCCCUAAAACAAAGGAUCUUUAUUUUCUUCUUGUUCAUUUUCUUGUGAGGAUUAUAUUCUCCUCUGUGUGACUCCACGACAAAGUUAUAUUUGUUCAUCUGUUCAAUUGUACAGGAAAGUUAAGGGUACCUGAAGUACUGAUGGGAAUAUUAUAACGGUAAAGGCAAUCUAUUGAUAAAUCUAUUUUGUUAGCUGAGACAAACUAUUUUUGCUUUCAUGGCUUUGGGGACUUAUUUCUGCAAUUAUACCACUAGGCUGUGUCUUCUUUUUGUAAGUAAAGGAAAAUGACAGCAAAGCUUACCUUCAUUUCCCCUUGCCUGUCAAUUAACCCAUUAUACAAGAUAUAAAAUAUUUUCUUUUUAUUCUUUUUUCCAUAUGCUUUCUAUUUUCUAAAAAACUCUCUAUCUUUAAGAAUUCCACCCACACAAGUCAAAUGAAAGAUGCAGGCAAUUAAUUAAGUGGCGUCAGUAGCUAGAUGGGAAAUCAGGACCAAUGCAGGAAGCCUGCAACUAAACCUUUUCCACCCACUAAUAAGGCUUUGUGGUUGCUUUUUUUUUUUUUUUUUUUUUUUUUUGUGCCAAGGGCUACUUUCUCUCAUUCGUAUUCCUGGAGAUUGCUGGGUUUGUUUGUGUUGUUUUUUUUUUUUUUUUGAGCAUUUUAAUAUUUAUAUUCUAAUUAGUAUUAAUGCAUUUCCUAAUUUGGCCAUAUUUGCUGAUUUUUUUUAAUGGGAAGGAUUAAGUAUGGGCUGGUGACCCCUUUGCUGUGUGUGUAUAUGAUUCUGAGAUAUGGGGUUGAUGAGGUCUCUUUAGUCAGAGAGCUGGACAAAUUAGAGAGGAAAAAGUCAAAUCAAUCGUUGGCCCUGAAUUUAUCAGUGAGUUUAAUAGCUCUGCACAAAGACAGCCUGACUUUAAUAUCUACAUUACACAGACAAUGUUACUUGAACUACUCUGGCGUCAGUACUAAUGGCAGUUGGAGGCUUUUAUUCUUCCAUUAGCACUGACGGGGAGAAAUUUUAUGAUAGCAUUUUCAAUAAUUGCAAGAGAAAACAGAUUCUUAUUAUUUUACCUAACAACAAUGACAUAUGGGACGUUAAAGACUUUUAUCCGUAAGAUAAAUUUUCUACUAAUUAUCUGCUUAUUUAAAUACAAAGUGUUUAAUGUCUAUGAGAGUGAUAACUUACUGUAGGAUUUCAAGGGUUUUGUCAUUAGUCUCAGAAGUAGUUUUGAAGCAUUUGCACAUGGAUGACUAUUCAAAUAACCCUUUGCUUACACAGUUAUGAAGGUAAAAGACUAUAUUAGGUAUCCAGAUUUCUUCGACUGGUCUUUCUGAGUUUUCAUUAUUUACAUCUUUGUCAGAUUAGGUUUCAGAGGCUUUUUGCCACUAACUUUGCAUGAAGAAACAGACUGAGGUAGUUUCUGUCCUGUCCCCACCAUGUUUGCUUACUGAGAUAGCAAUAAGGGGACGCUUCUCAUGAUGGUGGCAUCUUUUGACACUGGUGUAGUGGAACACAUUUCUUGAUUGUCAUUCCAGAUUUCUCUCCUGAACGAUGAUAAUCUGGCACUGGUCCCCUGUGCUCGGUUUCUGUGGAGGCGUGUUCCAAUUUAGCCACAUAGACUUCGCUUCCCUUAUCCUUCUUAAGAAAUUAAUUCAAGAGUUUUAUACUCUUAAAAAGAGAAAGCACCACAAUUGCCUCUUAUCACCACUGGGAAUGACCAGUUAGAAGUACUUGCAUGAAAUAAGAGGAGAAACCUGAAUACCUUGGCGCUACCUGUUUUCCCUCCCUUUUCGCCAGAUGGAGCAAUGAACUGCAACACACAUUCUUAUUUGUGGAAACUGGGCCUAAGGAAUUUCUGAUUCCUUAUGCACAAAUAUUCAUGACAGUUUGGGACCAAAAGCUAGCAUGGCAGAUUGGUGGCUUAUACACCCUGUGUGGGAAAGCAAGAGGCAAGCAUUUACUUCAUAAAAAGAUGUGUCUGUAACAUUGUCAGUAGCUCCCCCUCCCUAAGCGUGGCUUCCCCUCAAGGGCAGUCACCCGAGUGCCUCUGAGGAUUUUGUGAUGGCUGUCAUAAAUUGCUUCUUAAAGCCUUUGCCCUGUGCUAAUGCUUUAGCGGAGAUAGUUUGUUGCAACUAUAGCUGCUUAUAAGGAAUGUUAUCAUCUCACUCCAGAUAAUGCUUUUUAAGGAGUGAUUCAGAAUGAUGGUUUCAUGAUUAUGGAAAGGCGUUCUUUCUCAAACUGAAAAAAAGCAAAGAUUAAAAUAGUCACAAAGCCUCCAGAAUGGGAACUGGGCGCACUCUUAUGACCAAUGUUUACUGUAAUUCGAUGCAACCUGUAUUUACGGGGCAUACGCUAUAUAAAAACACGUGCAGUUUGGAGCUCACACAUGGUCAUACUGUGACUGGACCUUCUUAACAGUCAUUAAAAACAUCUUUUAUUUUACCUACUUUUUUUUUUUUUUUUGCAUUUGUUGCUUAUGGUUUGUGGGAUAGAGCAGAAUGGGGUGAGCUUGAAUAUGAAUGGAAUGGAUUAAGCCACACAAACUCCUCUCAAAACAAUAAUAGUAAUUAUAACAAUGAUGAGCAUGUGUUGAGUACUUGCUAAAUGCCAGUGACUGCUAGGAGCUUUACAAAUAUUUACUUGGUCCUCUUAGCAGCUGCGUGGGUUGAGGCAAUAUUAUUUCCCCAGUGUGCCAUCUUUAAUUCAUGCUUUUUGUUUCCGUCCCAUCCCAUCUCAUCUCCACCCACCUCCCAACUCCCCUCUUUCUCUUUCUUUCUCUUUUCUUCUAGCCUCUGGGAUGGAAAUAUAAAAUCUUCAGUAACUUAGAGUGACACAAGAGCUAAGAACACAAGAGCUAAGCUCAAUGUCAUGACCAGCUCACUUCCAAUAGGAACAAAGCUAACCCAUGUCAUGAAGCCGAACAUUGGUUUUGUGUUGGAGACAAUGGUGGUCAUAUCACUGGCAGAGAAACCAGGCACAGUUAAUAGGCAAACACUCUGCUUUCUUUUGAUGGUAUCUUCUCCUCCUUGAGGUUAACAUAAAACAUAUAGACAGGUUAACAUAAAAAAUAUAGACAGAAAUCUGUUGUCAUGGUGAUACUUCCCUAUAGGAUGUCAGUCAUUCCAAGCACGUUGCACUUGUUUUUCCACAAUAAGCCCAGUCUAGCCUUGCUCUGGGUGUUCCAUGUGGUUUGUUUAAAUAUCUACUAGCUGAGUAGUAGAUCCCUGCAUUGAUACAAUUCUGAACUUCAGAGAGAAGCUCCUGGCUCUUUAAAAAGUAGUGCAUCCUACAUUCUGUCUAUGGCCACUGCAUCCUAGGUCAUAUUUUCUGAUUCAUUAAUUCACUCAAUAUUUUUUGAAGACCUAUUAAGUCAGUCAUCGUAAAUUUGAGUAUUUUAUAUUAAAGUAAAAUAACUGACAUAUACUGUGUGUUUGCCCUGCGCCGGGAUGAUGCUCUGUGCUUUCUUUUACACUAUUAUCACCACUGUUCACAGGGACCAUGCAGGCUGGGUAUUGGCUCCAUCCUGCAGAGAAAGAAAAUGAUGCUCGCAAAGGUGAAAUACCUUGUCCAAAGUCACCCAUUUCAUAAGUAACAGACAAAAUUUGAAUCAGAAACCUAACUAUAUACCUUAUGCUUUAAUUCUACAUCUUUUUUUAAAGCCAUAUGAUCAAUUUCUGUAAAACUUGUUUUAAUUAAGAAACUGAUCAAAGUUCUUAACUGCAAGAGCCAAACCAAAUUUUUAUAAUUGUGGGUACCAUCCAACUGAUGAUUAUUUUAGUUAAAAGGAACUUGUAUUUUUUUUUUUUUUUUGAUUCUUUGAUGGCUUUUCAAAAGCAAGCCUAAAAGGUAGAGGUCAGAGACUAGCAGGUUUUCUUCCCACCUGGGCCAGUCAAAGUUGUGGACUAUAUUCAUCAAUUACUUUGGAGUUGCAAACAAACAGGUCUACAUACAGAUUUUGUGAUCUGAUAUAUGUUCUGUCAAUAAUAAAACCAAACACAGUUUUAGUAGUGAAUCCAGCAGGUUGCAACCUGAAUUUUCUCCCAUUCUGAUUCUGUUAGUACUCCCAGUAUUUAGGGAAAAUUCACUUGAAAUUGCAUCAUGGUCACAAUUAACGAGACUAUUUCCCUAAUAUAUGGCCUGCCUACACUUGGUAAAAUGCUUUUAAAAUUAAUUUCAGACCUCAUUUUAAUGAGACUCGGUAGAAGAUUUCAAUAACAGGUGGUCAUUCUACUGAAAUGUAAACUGGGGUCAUUUGUGGUAAUUACUCAAUAAUUGGUGGAUUGACUUUCUGCUUUGUGUGAGAACAUAACAUUUCUUUAAAAAAAAAAUAUUUUAUUUAUUUAUUCAUGAGAGACCCAGAGAGAGAGAGAGAGUCAGAGGCACAGACAGAGGGAGAAGCAGGCUCCAUGCAGGGAGCCUGACAACGUGGGACUCGAUCCUGUGUCUCCAGAAUCAGGCCCUGGGCUGAAGGCAGUGCUAACCGCUGAGCCACCCAGGCUGCCUGAACAUAACAUUUCUAAUAAAAUAUAGCUGAAGUGACUGGUUAUCGGAGACAUAUUAAACUUUCUAGAUACCUACCUGGAAUGUCUAAUAAGCUAAAGAAGAGAUACUAAAAAUAUCUGGUCAGCCUGCAUAAACAGAGUGGACAGAGAGUAAAAACUUAUAACAUGAAAUGGUCCUAGGUAGCCUGAAGGAAUUAGUGAACUUUUUCAAACAUCUGCACUGCAACCAUUUAUCCUCCUAUAGUUAUUUCUAAAGAACGGAAGAGAAACUCUAACAAAGUUAGAGUUAUUGCUUCUAGGACAAAUUUAACUGAACAUGAAGGAUCGGAGAGUAGUUGUUUUAUCAAGAACAUCAGGGAAAAUGGUUUUGAUGUUCUAGGCAAAGUAAAUUUUUGUCAUUUUUACUUGACUCCAGCUCUCUACCAGGCUCAUUACUAACUUCAGGUUUUGACCAAGUUAUUUAUAUGAAAUAUCUCAGUAUAAUAUAGGGAAUUAAUUGCAGGUUAUUUGAAAAUAAUGACAAAGAAGACCCAAAUGAAAAACUCCAUUUCUAUAAUUAGUUUUUCUGAAAGUCAGGCAUGUCUUUGAGGACAAGCUUCUGGCUGUAUUAUUUUUGUGCACAGGAGGAAAAUUGUUAGUAGGUUUAUAGAUAUUAUUUUUAUAAUAGAAUGUUAAAUUCCCCCCAAACAUCAAAAAUCGUCUCCUAGAACUACUCUAUGUUUUUAAAACUUGUUUUAAAAAAGGAUUCUAAAUAGCAAUAGGAUCUUUUCUCCUUUCUCCACUCCAAUGAUUUAAUGGGAUAAAUGAACCAAUGUUUAUAUUUUUAAACCUGUAAAUAUUUUUAUUUUGGGUAUUUUGUAUAUUUGUUGAUAUAACUCCAUUUUGUGCAUAUGUAUCAUUGUGCAUGUUGCUGUUUUUGAUAGUCAUUCUUUUAAUGAAUGUAAGAAGCUUGGACUAAUAGCACUUUUCUCGUUUCAUUCAAACAUCUUAAAAUGAAAAUACAACACUGCCAUUUUAACUGUUGUGUUUAAUUCAGUUAAUAAAUUUUGUUGCUCCUUUACAUUUAAA